CCGUUCGCGCAUGACUGACCGUCUACAUCACCACAAGCGUCUCUAAGUGUUGUACUCCCUUUGCAAAGAAAUAUAAGAGCGUUUAGAUCAUUAAAAUAAUGGUCUAUACACUCGUAUAUUUAUAUUUGUUUAUAGAGGGAGUAUUUUACAUCAUUCGAAAGAGGUGAUGCCAAAUUUCCUGUCAUAGUUGGAGCCGAGUUUCUAGGCCUUGGUUACAGCGAUGGAACCAUAGCCGAAGAUCAUCAGCAGCUGAGAACAGGGGCGGCGCCGCUCAACCCCAACGACCCAGAGGAGGGCCUCUAGCAUAUUUUUAUUCUUAGGAACAUAUCGAACUUUCAUCCCGCAUAGCGCCCACAGCCAGCCGGCACGGCGGCCACCACAGGCCGUAUGACGCCAGGCACCAGCCGGCGGGGCCCCGGGCGCGGUCUGCCUCUCCUCCGCAAUCUCCUCGCCGGCGACGCGCUCAACAGGGCACCUUCGUGCUCCUCUCGGGCCCCACUGCGGUCGUCUCCUCCGUCCUCUCCCUCCCUCCCGACGUCGUGCGCGCCGCGCUCCAAGCCCUGGGUAACGCGAGGGACCAGAGCCAGCCGCUGCCAUCCGACGGGCCUAAUCUCCCGCGGCCAGAGCAAGCAAGAGACGUCAGGAGACCGGCAUGGAGGCUUCGACGUCGUCAGCGGCGGCAGUGCCCGCCCCGGACGGCCUCUCGCGGGGCUCGACCGAGUAGGGAGGAGGGGGAAGUCAGUGGAGGAUGUGGCGGAGGGGAAGACAGGCGUGCUCCAGGGGAGGUACCAGGCUACUACCAGCUGGGGCGGGUGCUGGGGCUCGUCGGCGGCCGCGCUUUUCGCCCGGAUCUCCCGCGCCGGCCGCCUCCAGUUCGGGGCCUUCAUCGGGCUCUGCGGCCUCACCCACCCGCUCGCCGCCUUCACCUACGAGCCCCACCCCUUCGUGCUCGUCCUGCUGCUCACCGUCGCCAAGUGCCUCACUGCCAUCACGCUGCGCAGGCUCAUCCUGAAGCAGCGCAGCUGCUCCGCGUCAAGUAGAAAAGAUGCAGUACUGGGAACACGAACCUUCAACGUGGGGUUGCGUAACCACUGCAGUACUAAGCUGCUCACCACCAUGCUCGGCUUCAACCGUAACCAAGAAAGGAUCCACAUCCUCAAAGAUGUCACCGGCAUCCUCAAACCUUCCAGGAUGACCCUUCUCCUUGGACCCCCAGGCUGUGGCAAAACCACCCUUUUGCUAGCACUUGCUGGAAAGCUCAACAAAAGUCUCAAGGUAACAGGAGAAAUUGACUACAAUGGUGUCAAGCUGCAAGAUUUUGUUCCAGAGAAGACAUCAGCGUACAUUGGUCAGUACGAUCUUCAUGUCCCUGAGAUGACUGUCAGGGAGACACUCGACUUCUCUGCAAGAUUCCAGGGUGUUGGCAGCAGAGCAGAAAUCAUGAAGGAAGUCAUUAGAAGGGAGAAGGAGGCUGGGAUCAUCCCUGACCCCAACAUAGAUACAUACAUGAAGGCAAUAUCUGUGGAUGGUUUAGAAAGAAGCAUGCAAACAGACUACAUUAUGAAGAUAAUGGGACUUGACAUAUGCGCUGAUGUACUAGUAGGAGAUGCCAUGAGAAGAGGUAUUUCAGGCGGUGAGAAGAAAAGACUAACGACAGGAGAGAUGAUAGUAGGACCAUCAAAAGCGCUCUUCAUGGAUGAAAUAUCAACUGGGCUGGACAGUUCUACCACCUUCCAAAUUGUUUCUUGUCUCCAACAGCUCGCUCAUAUAUCAGAGUCUACCAUACUGGUCUCACUCCUUCAACCAGCACCAGAGACUUACCAACUUUUUGAUGAUAUUAUCUUGAUGGCUGAAGGACAAAUCGUAUACCAUGGUCCUAAGAGCUGCAUUAUGAGUUUCUUUGAAUCUUGUGGCUUUAAGUGCCCUGGAAGAAAAGGGGAUGCUGACUUCCUUCAAGAGGUCCUAUCAAAAAAAGAUCAACGGCAAUACUGGAGCCGCACCGAAGAAGGAUAUAAUUUUGUUACAGUUGACCAAUUCUGUGAUAAGUUCAAAGCAUCUCAGAGUGGUCAGAAUCUUGCUGGGGAGCUUUCAAAGCCGUAUGACGAAUCAAAAGGACAUAAGAAUGCACUGUCCUUCAGUAUCUACUCGUUAUCCAAGUGGGAUCUCGUCAAGGCAUGUUUUGCACGGGAGCUCCUUCUUAUGAAAAGGAAUGCCUUCAUCUACAUAACAAAAGCCAUUCAGCUUGGACUAAUUGCUGCUAUUACUGGGACAGUAUUUCUGCGCACCCAUAUGGGUGUUGACAGAAUUCAUGCUAACUAUUAUAUGAGUUCACUCUUCUAUGCGCUUCUGCUGCUGAUGGUGAAUGGUUUCCCUGAGCUGGCCAUGGCAAUUAACAGACUGCCAGUCUUCUACAAACAGAGAGACUACUACUUCUAUCCUGCAUGGGCUUAUGCAAUACCAUCUUUUAUCCUAAAGAUUCCAGUCUCUUUAGUUGAGUCAGUAGCUUGGACAUCAAUAUCCUACUACCUGAUUGGCUAUACCCCAGAAGCAUCUAGGUUUUUUUCUCAGCUCCUCAUCCUCUUCCUCAUCCACACAGUAACAUUAUCAAAGUUCCGGUGUGUUGCCUCAUACUGUCAAACGAUGGUGGUUGCUUCAAUCUGUGGCACAUUGACAUUUCUAGUCAUGCUUCUAUUUGGAGGUUUCAUAAUUCCUCGUGCACUUUUGCCUAAUUGGCUAAAAUGGGGGUUUUGGCUAUCUCCAUUGUCUUACGGUGAGAUAGGCUUAACUGGAAAUGAGUUUUUGGCACCAAGAUGGUUAGAGAUCACGUUAUCUGGUGCAACACUUGGAAAGAGGAUACUAAUGGAUCAAGCGCUAGACUUCUCCAGCUACUUCUACUGGAUCUCAGUUGGAGCAUUGAUUGGGUUUACUUUGUUGUUCAAUGUAGGCUUUGCCAUCGGCUUGACCAUUAAAAAUAUUCCAGGAUCUUCUCGUGCUAUUAUCUCUCGCAAUAAGCUUGCCACAUUUGGUGAAAGAAACCAAGAUAAGGAUACGGAAAAUGGGAUGCCUAAGUUACAAGCAGAAACCGCUUUGACACCUAAUAGGACUGGGAGGAUGGUAUUGCCAUUCACACCCCUUACAAUAUCAUUCCAAGACGUCAACUACUAUGUAGACACCCCCGCGGAAAUGAGGAAGCAUGGUUAUAUGGAAAGAAAACUACAACUACUGCACAAUAUCACAGGAGCAUUUCAGCCAGGGGUUCUCUCAGCCCUUAUGGGGGUUACUGGAGCGGGAAAAACAACACUCCUUGAUGUUCUUGCUGGAAGGAAAACGGGUGGUGUUAUUGAAGGGGAUAUAAGAAUAGGAGGUUAUCCUAAGAUCCAGCAAACUUUUGCUAGGAUAUCAGGCUACUGUGAACAGACUGACGUUCAUUCCCCACAAAUCACAGUGGGUGAAUCAGUUGCAUAUUCAGCCUGGUUGCGCCUUCCACCAGAAAUUGAUUCAAAAGCAAGAAAUGAAUUUGUAAAUGAAGUUCUUGAAACAAUUGAGUUAGAUGAAAUUAGAGAUUCUUUGGUUGGAAUACCAGGGGUAAAUGGACUAUCGACAGAGCAACGGAAACGGCUCACUAUUGCAGUCGAGCUUGUGUCUAACCCUUCAAUCAUAUUCAUGGAUGAGCCAACAUCAGGCUUGGAUGCAAGGGCAGCUGCUAUUGUCAUGCGUGCAGUCAAGAACGUUGCAGAUACAGGUCGAACAGUUGUGUGCACCAUUCACCAACCAAGUAUCGAUAUAUUUGAGGCAUUUGAUGAGUUGAUGCUGAUGAAAAGGGGUGGCGAGUUGAUCUAUGCUGGGCCAGUUGGACACCAUUCAUGUGAGGUCAUCCAAUAUUUCCAGGCAAUACCUGGGGUUCCCAGGAUCAAGGACAACUACAACCCAUCAACAUGGAUGCUAGAAGUUACUUCCACAUCUAUGGAAGUUCAAUUGGGAGCAGAUUUUGCACAAUUGUACAGGGAAUCAUCAAUGUGCAAGGACAAGGACAUGGUGGUAAAGCGGUUAAGCGUACCAGUUCCAGGUACGACCGACCUCCAUUUUGCGACACGGUUUCCACAGAAGUUUCGGGAGCAAUUCAAAGCUUGCCUCUGGAAGCAGUGUUUGUCGUAUUGGAGAACCCCUUCCUACAACCUGGUGCGAUUUGUGUUCAUAACAUUAUCCUGCAUUUUCUUUGGUGCACUGUUCUGGCAGCAAGGCAACAUCAACCACAUAAACGACCAGCAAAGUCUCUUCACCAUAUUGGGGUGCAUGUAUGGAAUCACUCUGUUCGCUGGCAUCAACAACUGUCAAUCGGUGAUGCCAUUUAUCUCCAUGGAACGCUCUGUCGUUUACAGGGAGAGAUUUGCAGGGAUGUACUCUCCUUGGGCCUACUCUUUUGCACAGGUUGCCAUGGAGAUACCUUAUGUGCUGAUGCAGGUGGUGCUGUUCAUGUUGAUAGCAUAUCCGAUGAUAGGGUAUGCGUGGACAGCAGCGAAGUUCUUUUGGUUUAUGUACACCAUGUUUUGCACACUGCUCUGCUUCGUCUACAUGGGAAUGGUGGUGGUGUCGUUCACCCCCAACAUCCAAUUUGCAUCCGUACUUUCAUCUAUGUUCUACACCCUACAAAACCUCAUGUCUGGCUUCAUCGUGCCUGCGCCUCAAAUACCGAGAUGGUGGAUAUGGUUCUACUACGUCUCCCCGAUGUCGUGGGCGCUAAGGGUCUUAUUCACCACGCAGUUUGGGGAUUACGACGACAGGAUGAUUGAUGUAUUUGGAGAGACCAAAUCGGUCCCAGCAUUCAUGAAGGACUACUUUGGUUUUCGGCGUGAUCUGCUGCCGCUGGCGGCUGUUAUUCUGGCGGCAUUCCCCAUCCUUCUUGCCGUUCUCUUCGGUUACAACAUCUCAAAGCUCAAUUUCCAAAGGCGAUAGACACACAUGUAUUCAUCAAAGUAGUAAAACAGUAGCACGGUAUAGAAAGAUAUUGCUUGCGCGCGCGCCCACACACACGUAUCUCUGCGUACUAUAAAGUUUAAAGCCUGAGUUUGCUUACCAACAAGAAAAUGCCAGUGUAUGUAUUUUUGUGUCAGUGACACAUAGUGCAACAGAAUUCCAGUGGUAGUGAGAAUAUUGUCGUUGA